AUGUACCUGGUGACCAGCGCUACAAUCAAUCAUGGCGCGAUGUACCUGGUGACCAGAGCUACAAUCAAUCAUGGCGCGACGUACCUGGUGACCAGCGCUACAAUCAAUCAUGGCGCGACGUACCUGGUGACCAGCGCUACAAUCAAUCAUGGCGCGGCGUACCUGGUGACCAGCGCUACAAUCAAUCAUGGCGCGGCGUACCUGGUGACCAGCGCUACAAUCAAUCAUGGCGCGACGUACCUGGUGACCAACGCUACAAUCAAUCAUGGCGCGACGUACCUGGUGACCAGCGCUACAAUCAAUCAUGGCGCGACGUACCUGGUGACCAGAGCUACAAUCAAUCAUGGCGCGGCGUACCUGGUGACCAGAGCUACAAUCAAUCAUGGCGCGGCGUACCUGGUGACCAGAGCUACAAUCAAUCAUGGCGCGACGUACCUGGUGACCAACGCUACAAUCAAUCAUGGCGCGACGUACCUGGUGACCAGCGCUACAAUCAAUCAUGGCGCGACGUACCUGGUGACCAGCGCUACAAUCAAUCAUGGCGCGACGUACCUGGUGACCAGCGCUACAAUCAAUCAUGGCGCGACGUACCUGGUGACCAGCGCUACAAUCAAUCAUGGCGCGGCGUACCUGGUGACCAGCGCUACAAUCAAUCAUGGCGCGGCGUACCUGGUGACCAGAGCUACAAUCAAUCAUGGCGCGAUGUACCUGGUGACCAGCGCUACAAUCAAUCAUGGCGCGACGUACCUGGUGACCAGCGCUACAAUCAAUCAUGGCGCGACGUACCUGGUGACCAGCGCUACAAUCAAUCAUGGCGCGACGUACCUGGUGACCAGCGCUACAAUCAAUCAUGGCGCGGCGUACCUGGUGACCAGCGCUACAAUCAAUCAUGGCGCGGCGUACCUGGUGACCAGCGCUACAAUCAAUCAUGGCGCGACGUACCUGGUGACCAGCGCUACAAUCAAUCAUGGCGCGACGUACCUGGUGACCAGCGCUACAAUCAAUCAUGGCGCGACGUACCUGGUGACCAGCGCUACAAUCAAUCAUGGCGCGACGUACCUGGUGACCAGCGCUACAAUCAAUCAUGGCGCGACGUACCUGGUGACCAGAGCUACAAUCAAUCAUGGCGCGACGUACCUGGUGACCAGCGCUACAAUCAAUCAUGGCGCGACGUACCUGGUGACCAGCGCUACAAUCAAUCAUGGCGCGGCGUACCUGGUGACCAGCGCUACAAUCAAUCAUGGCGCGGCGUACCUGGUGACCAGCGCUACAAUCAAUCAUGGCGCGAUGUACCUGGUGACCAGAGCUACAAUCAAUCAUGGCGCGACGUACCUGGUGACCAGCGCUACAAUCAAUCAUGGCGCGAUGUACCUGGUGACCAGAGCUACAAUCAAUCAUGGCGCGACGUACCUGGUGACCAGCGCUACAAUCAAUCAUGGCGCGAUGUACCUGGUGACCAGAGCUACAAUCAAUCAUGGCGCGACGUACCUGGUGACCAGCGCUACAAUCAAUCAUGGCGCGACGUACCUGGUGACCAGCGCUACAAUCAUGGCGCGACGUAAUCAUGGCGCGACGUACCUGGUGACCAGCGCUAUAAUCAAUCAUGGCGCAACGUACCUGGUGACCUGCGCUACAAUCAAUCAUGGCGCGACGUACCUGGUGUCCAGCGCUACAAUCAAUCAUGGCGCGACGUACCUGGUGACCAGCGCUACAAUCAAUCAUGGCGUGACGUACCUGGUGACCAGCGCUAUAAUCCAGGGGGGAUGUAAGAGGAGAGCCGGCCGUGACGUACCUGGUGACCAGCGCUAUAAUCAUGGCGCGAUGUAA